AUGCGCCCCUUCUCCCGAACUCCGCGAAAAAGCUCACGUGACUCCGCGAAUCCACAUGCUUUCCGCUCUAGAACCGUUUCCGUCGCCUCCACUGGCUCUUCAGACAGCAGUGGCAAACACAACUCGCUCUACAAAACGGAGCUGUGCCGGAGCUACGAAGAAACGGGCAAUUGCCGCUACGGCAAAAAGUGCCAGUUUGCCCACUCGCUCAAGGAGAUUCGCGUCCUCAACCGCCACCCAAAGUACAAGACGGAAAUGUGCAAGAGCUUCCACACGAACGGGUACUGCCCUUACGGCGCGCGCUGCCACUUCAUCCACAAUCCCGAGGACGAACUGCUCGGCAGCGAGUACCAAGGCGGCGCGAACAGCUCCAACUCCUCGACCUCCGGCGCCAACUCGGACGAGCUCGCCAUCGACAAAUCCCUCGGCGCGCUCAGCCUCAAGGUAGAAGAAUGGCCCUUGCCUGGAAACGAAGUGGCCAGCAGCGGUUCCUGCUCCAGCUCGGAUCAGCUGAUCCAUUCGAUCAGCAGCUCAACCUCGGCAAACAGCAUUUCCACGAACACCUGGUCGACCAGGAUCGCCAAAAUGGCCAAGGAGAGUUCGAUGGUGGCUCCUCCUCCUCCUCCUUCUUCAAAAUACCCGGAACCAGCGUUCGGGAGCCAAUUCGUAGAGCGCUCUUCGCCGCCGACUCCGUGGACUUCAGCGAUGUACUCGCCCAAGCGACCGUUCGGCAGCAGCUGCCAGUUCGGCUCGAUCGGCUCCGGCGUCAGCUCCGACCGCGAGUGCUCCAGCUCGCCCGAGGUCGACCCCAAGUUUGACACGGCCUACGAGCCCUUCGCGCCGGUGGAGCCAGUGCCGCGCCUCGAGCUGCCCAAGUUCGAGCCCCCAAUCUCCAGCAGCUACUCUUUCAACAAUCAAGAACUCAACAAUUCAAGCUCCAACUCCUCAAAUUGCUCCUGGUUCUUCGAAAGCGAACCAGACGGAAUCUUCCAAGCGCCUCGACUGCCAGUCUUCCAGUCUCUCCACGACUUCUAA